CAAAGCGUCUAGUUAUGAAGAGGACUAUGACGUUGAGCAGUUUUUACCCCACGACAAAAGUUUAGGUGAUCAGGAGAUGGUGGUCACUGGCUGGGAAAAGGAGAAUACUUCUAGUGACUGCGAUGGCAGUGAAGAUGACAGUUGUAAUCAAGAAGUUGACAACAACAGUUGUAUUAAAGAAAAAAAGGAAUGUAAGCAGGUAUCCGACAAAAGCCGUGUAUCUGGAGAAAAGGAUGAGUCUUGUCAGGCGUCUUCUACACGCAGGAAAAAGCGUCUUUGUCCUUUAAAAGGAUGCAAGUCUCAGGUAAUUGAUCUUCCUCGCCAUUCGAGAGACGUUCACAUGUGGUCUCGAGAAAAAGCUCAAAAAGCGACAUCCAAGUUUGGAAUGCGGAAAAGUUUUUCCUCUGAGGUCGUGGAAAAAGGAAAAGAAAACAAGUGGAAGGAUUAUCAUCACCACCGCAAGUGCCCUGUUCAAGGUUGUUACUCAAUUGUAAAGCGAUUAUCUUACCAUUUACAACAAGUACACAAGGAAAUACGGAAAGGCUCGUCGGAGGACAAAGCUCUGUUGAAGGAAGCUCGGUCUAUAAAACCUUGGACAUCAUCAUCACGCAGCAAACGUGGUGACAAUAGCAGCAAAGCCAGAAUAAAAGUCAAAGAGGACGGCAGAAAAGGUAGCAACACACAAGGGACAGGGAGUAGCAGUGAUGUUGGUAGUUAUGAAGACAAAUCUGACAGUGAAUGGGAAGGUGAGGCUGAAAGCACCUCCAGUGUUGAAACAAGCAAUGACAUUUUCGGAACGUUUGCAACCUGGCUGCACACAGCCGAUGGUGGAAGAAAACCAGAGAAAAUGUCUAAGCAUUAUGCUUCACAGAUUAACAAGAUGCUCGCUGUUAUUGACCCGAGCAAAGAUUUGGCGUCACUAUUUGACAGGAAACUCAUUCGUGACACAUUCUUAAAAAAUCAUGCCGAAAAUGCCUACAAACCCGACCUGUUAAGUUUAAGAUAUUUCUGCAGCUUUGUCUUAACAGAAAGUCCUGAUGCAGUGAACGUGAACGAGGCCAGUGUUCACUUAAUUGACGAGAAGGCUCGCUUAUGGUCGUCAUCUUACAAGAAAGAGAGUCAAUGCAGGCAUCUAGAGAAACAGGAUGAAGAUCUUUCUAACCUGAUAACACCCGAAAUGGUGGCAGAAUAUGAGCAGAGAGAAUCAACUCGAAAGGUAGUCUCCCUCAUCAGUCAGCUUAGUGGGGCUCACUGCCUUCAAAUUAACCAAGUAGAGUACACGCUAAUUAGAGAUUUCAUCCUAACUUAAAUAACAAUGGCAAAUGCCCAUAGAUCAGGUGUGCUAGCCAACAUGACUAUGGGCGAGUUCAAGAAAGCAAAGCUAAGCCAAGGAAGUGUCGUCAUUACUGUGAAGAAGGACAAGACUGCAGACAUUCAUGGCCCUGCUCCAGUGGUGCUGUCACCUACGCUGUUUGGUUACCUGAAAGUGUAUGUUGCUGAAGUUAGAAGUGUAGUAAGUCAGACCAAAGAUAAUGACGAUGCUGUGAUAUUGUCGUUGAACGGGGCAAGGCUUGCAUCAGGCCAGAUAUCAACCGCAAUAAAUGCUUCUUGAAAAAAAGCGGGCUUACAGGGUCACAUCAGUUCCACCCUAUUCAG